CCUGUGCCCCCCCUGACAGUCGACACAGCAUUCCACUGUUAGCAGACGGAAACCAGUUCCUCUCUCUCUCUUUCUUUCUCUCUAACCCCUUCCCUUUCAACCCCCCCCCCCCUCUGGGUGGAGUGGGCUGGGUCACAGAGGAAGUAUGUCAGACCAGAGAGACAGCAAAUACACAGAGCAGUCGGAAGAACCAGAGAGACAUACACUCUGUGUGACUCAGCGUGUGAGUGUUACUGAGUCGUGAUGGUAGCAGAGGAGGUGGUGGUCACUCUCUCAGGAGGGGCUCCAUGGGGCUUCAGACUGCAAGGAGGAGUUGAGCAUCAAACACCACUGCAGGUGUCCAAGGUGCGACGGCGCAGUAAGGCAUGCAGGGCUGGCCUGAGGGAGGAGGAUGAGUUGGUUGCCAUUGGCGACCGAGUGUGUGCCGAGCUCAGCCACGCCCAGGCCAUGACCCUCAUUGACUCCCACCGGCACACACUCAACCUCAGGAUCAAGAGGUUUAGGUCUGGGGUCCACACUGUGGCCCUGUCAGGUCGUACACCUACACAUAUAGCUACACACACAUACACACCCACACACUCCGUUCUCUCCCCCACUGACGGGCCAGCCUGCCUCACCAUUACCUCCCCCCCUGACAGCGAGGCCUACUAUGGAGAGACGGACAGUGACGCGGACACACACACACACACACACCGCCGCCAGCGACGCACACCUCCGCACACGCGCUCUCCAGGCCGCCAGCAGCAGGAGGAGGAGACCUCGGAGUUGAGCGGGUAUGAGAGCGCCCCAGAUGGAGGGGUUUCCCUGCAGGGGCCCUGGGAGCAACUACCCACAUUUGGAAACGGUGUGAUCCAACAGUGGGAGCAACCAACAGGAUUGGGAACAGGGGGGUUUCAACCUGGAGUACCACGCAGGGAGGUGGUCUACCAACCCCAACCCCCCCAGUCCCAGCCAGAGUGGACCCACCCAUCCCAGCACGUCCCACAUCCUGAGCAGGGGGAGCCGAUGGGGGGAAGAGAGGCGGAGGGAGAGGGAGACAGUGGGUUUCAGGAGGCAGGGUUGUGUGUGGGUCUGGCCUGCUCACCCCUGGUGUCUCCAGAGCGGGCUAGAGGAGCCAUGAUGCUGGGCUCCAGCCGACAGAUGGUUCCCAUGGUGGGCGCCCAGCUGACCCCACUCAGUGAUGAUCUAUCUACUACGUACAAGGACAAGGCCAGGCAAGCCAAGCUGCAGAGAGGAGAGAGUGUGGUAGACAGGCAGGUGAAAGAGGCUCGUACUAAAUGUCGUUCCAUCGCCUCCCUGCUCACCGACGCUCCGUACUCCAACUCCAAAGGAGUUCUCAUGUUCAAGAAGAGACGCCAGCGUGCCAAGAAGUUCACCCUCACCUGUUUUGGCCGCGCGGAGGGGGAGGUGGGUGCUGAGACUGGGGGAGAGACGGAGGGGGAGGUGGGUGCUGAGACUGGGGGAGAGACGGAGGGAGAGGAGGAGGGAAGUUCCUUCCCCUCGGGUUCAGAGGUGGAUGAAGAGGGCUUCGCUGGAACCUUUGACCCCACCUGGGACAGCGGAUACCUGGACCUGCUGGAUAGGAGGAGCUCCGCCUGUCCGUCCACAUAUAACUCAAGGUCCCAAACACCAACCAAUCAGAGCUCAGGGUUGGAUUCCUCGGCUUAUCAGAGCCCAGAGAUUAAUGUGUCAAUCAAUCAGGGCUCUGUGGCGAACGCCCCAGCCUAUCAGAGCCCAGGGCUGGACUCCAUUGCCUAUCAGGGGAAAGAGACGGAGCAGUCUGAGCAGCAAAGGAAAAAGGUUACCCAUGUCGCCUAUAACCCCGCCCCUAACCCCUCCCCGGCCACAGGGGGCCCUGUAGGGGUGAGUCGGGCCAGUGUGGUUCUGACCCCCCCCUCUCACACACCUAACCUCCAGCCUGACCUAAACCCUAACCCUAACCCACCUGGAGGGAUCCAUAACCGCACGGCAUGCCCCUUCACCCCAGGCCUCGCCCCAUCUCGCCCUCCAGUCACCCCUGUCAUCUUUCGACCCGCCCAGCCCACUCCUGCCGUAACUAUGGUUUCCAAACCCACCGCGGCGGUAUCCAUGGUGACCAUUGCCCCUCCUCGCCCUUCAGGGGGGCCCCAGGCAAGGAGAGCGGUCUCCAGUACCUCUCUCUAUAUCCCCCCUAGACCUGCUGCAGCCAUCCUCUCUCCUACCUCUGCCCUCCCUCGUCCUCCGGUUCUAUCUCCUCCCUCUCUGGCCUCAGCUCCCUUCUCUCUUACCUACACUCCCUCUCAACCUUUCAUUCCUCCCUCUGUCCAUACUGCCACCUUCUCUCCCUCUUCUGCCCCCUAUUCUCUUCCGAAUCAUCCUCCUCAACCCACCCAACACUUCUGCUCCUUGACUGCUCAUCAACCUUUCUCUCCACCUCCUCCUGCCCCCACUCAACACUUCUCUGCUCCUCCUCGACAACCUUUCUCCCCUCCUCUUGACGCCCCAGUCUAUCCAUCCUCUGCUGUGGCUGCCCAGUCCUUCUCGGCUCCUCCUUCUAUUAAUCAAUCCUUCCCUCCUUCCUAUCCCACACCUUACUCUCACCCACCCCCCCUUGCUCAGACCCAACCCCCUCCUCCCCUGACCUUCAACCCCUAUGUUGCCACUGCGACCCCCUCCACGGCCCAGCCCCCAUCCUCUGAUUCGCUGUCCUCCCGUGAGGAGCGUAUCGCCGUCCCCGCAUCCAGAACAGGCAUACUGGCGGAGGCACGUCGUCGCAGCAACAAGAAGCCAAUGUUCCGUCCGUCUGUGGAGAACAAGAAGGACGUGUCUCCCAACCCGGCCCUGCUCGAACUGCUCCAAAACCCGGAUCACCAACCAGGAUGGGUCCACGCCCCCGGUUCCGGUCCCGGCUCCAUGGGGCCUAGUGGAGGAGUGGGAGGUGUGGAGACUGGAGGUGAGUCUGGCCCUGAAGAGGACUGGUUGAGGCUGGGGGCCGAGGCCUGUAACUUCAUGCAGGCCCGGAGAGGCCCCAAGCCCCCCCCUGUGGCCCCUAAAACGCAGGGCCCUCCACAGGUACCCCAGUUAGCAGGGAAGGGGGGUCAGCUGUUCGCCCGUAGACAGAGCAGGAUGGAUCGCUAUGUGGUGGAGAGCACCCCCUCCUCACCCCAACCCUCUCCCGGCCACCCCCGCCAGCCCUCUCCCACCCUCUCCCUCCCCUCUCAAUUCAGAUACUCCUCCAGCUGCAGAGCCCCCCCUCCCAUCAGCUACAACCCCCUCCUCUCCCCCUCCUGCCCUCCCCAGGCCCAGCGCCAGAGGGCGGGGGUAGCAGGGCAGGGUGCGAGACCAGCGGGGCAUAAAGCCGCUCCUGGGGGUCAGAAGGCUCAAGGCAUCAAGGCUUUGGACUUUAUGAGUCGCCAGCCCUACCAACUAAACUCCUCCCUCUUCAGUUACGGGGGUGGGACUCCCCAGCAAGCACAGGCCUAUCAUCAGCAGCCGAGCAUGAUGGGCGGCUCCUAUGGGCCCAUCAAGACGCCACGUGUGUAUGAGAUAAAGCGCUUCUCCACGCCACCUCCCACAGGCCCCUCCCCUACGAUCAUUGUCCCACGGUCAGCGACCACACUGGGAGAACCGCUGUGGAGGUCUGAUAUCAUUUCUCCUCUGCCCACAGCCACUCCCUGCUACCAAUCCCCCUCUAACACCCCCUACCAGCCUCAGCCCCAGUGGGUCCCUCCUCCUCCAGCCCCCAACGCCCCCCUCCCUCAGCUCCCUAGCUUCCCCUCUGCCCAUGUCCCUAACCCUCACCCCUACCCCUCCGAGCCCCACGCCCCUCAACAGGGUAACAGGCAGUUUAAGAGUGCCCCUGAUCUCAGUCCUCUUGUCCACACCCCACCUUGCCCCGCCUCCACCAAGCCCUCCAGAGUUCCUCGCCCCAGAUUCAGCACCUCUAACCUGGGUCUGCAACCCAGUGUCUGGCGCCCCGGAUCCACCACGCACUGAGAUUGCAGGUUAUGGAUUGGCACGAAACGACAGGAAUAUAAAUCCCCCCACAUUCUGUUGUGAUUUUGUUUUUUGGUCUUUGUUACGUCUAAGAAGAUGUUAGUAUGGUGCAUUGCAGGCUUUUAUUGAUUUCUUGUUUGGGCACUAUUGCAACUCUUGAAUCACACCACCCAUUUCAUAAAUUGACCUCCUCUUUUUCUCUUCGUAAAAAAUAUUGUUUGAUGUAUAGUUGAUAUGCGUUGUUGAUAUGUAUGCAUAUAUGAAUGUAAAAUAAGUAUUUAAUGACAA